AUGGAGUCUGGCGAGCGGUUACCAUCCUCAACAGCCUCCUCUACUGUACCAACUUCAUCUUCUAUACCUUCUGUGGCUUCAUCGGUCUCUAAAGGCGGCCUUUCCACUGGAGCUGCUUCGCUUAGCUCUGCAAUCAACCCAUGUGGACAUUUAUUCAGAGCAGCUGGGGAUCAACCGUUUAACCUGUCCACAGUGUCGAGUGCCUUCCCAAUGGUCAGCCACCCAGUCUUUGGUCUACAUUCAGCCAGCUCAGGGCAUUCAGAAUUUGGUGGUUUGGGGACACUUGGUACACCCACAGCCUUAGCCGCACAUCCCCAACUAGCAUCUUUUCCAGGUGCAGAAUGGUGGCGAACAGCAGAUGUUCAUACUCGUACAGGGGCAGCCUUCUUUCCACCGUUACUGGGAAUUCCACCACUGUUUGCUCCUCCAGCCCAGAAUCAUGAUUCUUCUUCAUUCCAUUCAAGGACUGCAGGAAAAAGUAGUCGAAAUGGUCCUGAAAAAGGUGUAAAUGGGUCAAUAAAUGGAAACAGUACUUCAUCUGUGUCUGGUAUCAAUACAUCUGUACUAUCCACUACUGCUUCCAGUUCCGUUGGACAAACUAAAAGUAUAAGCUCAGGUGGAGGAAAUCGAAAAUGUAAUCAGGAUCAAAACAAAAACCAGCCUUUGGAUGCUAGAGCUGACAAAAUCAAGGAUAAAAAACCACGGAAGAAAGCUAUGGAAAGUUCUAGCAACAGUGAUAGUGAUUCAGGCACAUCAUCAGACACCUCAAGUGAAGGCAUUAGUAGUAGUGAUUCAGAUGAUCUAGAGGAAGAUGAAGAAGAAGAUCAAAGUAUUGAAGAAACUGAAGAUGAUGAAUCUGAUUCAGAAAGUGAAGCACAACAUAAAAAUAACAACCAGGUGCUAUUACAUGGUAUUUCAGACCCAAAAGCAGAUGGACAGAAAGCAACUGAAAAAGCCCAGGAAAAAAGAAUACACCAGCCAUUACCUCUUGUGUCUGAAUCCCAGACCCACUCAUCAUUCCAAUCCCAGCAGAAGCAGCCUCAGGUUUUGUCACAGCAGCUUCCAUUUAUUUUCCAAAGCUCUCAGGCAAAGGAGGAAUCUGUGACCAAACACACAAGUGUAAUACAGUCUACGGGAUUGGUGUCCAAUGUGAAACCUCUAUCUUUGGUAAAUCAAGCCAAAAAGGAAACUUAUAUGAAACUCACAGUUCCUUCUCCUGAUGUACUUAAAGCAGGGAAUAAAAAUACCUCUGAAGAAUCUAGUCUUUUGACCAGUGAAUUGCGAUCUAAACGGGAACAAUAUAAACAGACAUUUCCAGCACAGUUAAAGAAACAGGAGUCCUCCAAGAGCCUGAAGAAGGUUAUUGCAGCUUUGUCAAACCCUAAAGGAACCUCUAGCUCACCAGCACAUCCAAAACAAACACUAGAAAACAACCACCCUAAUCCAUUCUUGACAAAUGCACUUUUAGGUAAUCACCAACCAAAUGGAGUUAUUCAAAGUGUCAUUCAAGAAGCUCCUCUAGCACUUACUACCAAAACUAAAAUGCAGAGCAAGAUUAAUGAGAACAUUGCUACUGCAAGUAGUACCCCUUUUUCCUCACCUGUAAAUUUGAGUACAAGUGGAAGAAGGACCCCUGGCAAUCAAACAGCUGUAAUGCCCUCUGCCUCUCCCAUACUCCAUAGUCAAGGAAAGGAAAAAGCAGUUAGCAAUAAUGUAAAUCCAGUAAAAACACAUCACUCUCAUCCUGCAAAAUCUUUAGUGGAACAGUUCAGAGGAACAGAUUCAGACAUUCCCAGUAGUAAAGAUUCUGAAGAUUCAAAUGAAGACGAAGAGGAAGAUGAUGAGGAAGAAGAUGAGGAAGAUGAGGAAGAUGACGAAUCUGAUGACAGCCAAUCAGGCACUUCCAAAAGACGAAGAGUAACAGAUGAACGUGAACUGCGUAUCCCUUUGGAAUAUGGCUGGCAGAGAGAGACAAGAAUAAGAAACUUUGGAGGGCGCCUUCAAGGAGAAGUAGCAUAUUAUGCUCCAUGUGGAAAGAAACUUAGGCAGUACCCUGAAGUAAUAAAGGGAAUGCAAUGGUGUCUCUUGAACGAAGAGGAUGUCAUUCCUCGCAUCAGAGCAAUGGAGGGCCGUAGAGGAAGACCGCCCAAUCCAGAGAGACAGCGGGCAAGGGAGGAGUCUAGGAUGAGACGGCGGAAGGGCCGGCCUCCGAAUGUUGGCGGUGCUGAGUUUCUAGAUAACACAGAUGCCAAAUUGCUAAGAAAACUGCAAGCUCAAGAAAUAGCCAGGCAAGCAGCACAAAUAAAGCUUUUGAGAAAACUUCAAAAGCAGGAGCAGGCUCGGGUUGCCAAAGAAGCUAAAAAACAACAAGCAAUAAUGGCCGCUGAGGAGAAGCGAAAGCAAAAAGAACAGAUAAAGAUUAUGAAACAACAGGAAAAAAUUAAGAGAAUACAACAAAUCAGAAUGGAAAAAGAACUUCGAGCCCAGCAAAUUUUAGAGGCGAAAAAGAAAAAGAAGGAAGAAGCGGCAAAUGCCAAAUUAUUGGAGGCCGAGAAACGAAUAAAGGAAAAAGAAAUGAGAAGACAACAAGCUGUUCUUCUGAAGCAUCAGGAGUUGGAGAGGCAUAGACUAGAUAUGGAACGAGAGAGAAGGCGACAACAUAUGAUGCUUAUGAAAGCUAUGGAAGCUCGUAAGAAAGCAGAAGAAAAAGAACGGUUGAAGCAAGAAAAACGUGAUGAGAAAAGAUUAAAUAAAGAGCGUAAACUAGAGCAACGAAGAAUAGAAUUAGAAAUUGCAAAGGAACUAAAGAAACCUAAUGAAGACAUGUGCUUAGCAGAUCAAAAGCCUUUGCCAGAGCUGCCUCGUAUUCCAGGACUUGUUCUCUCUGGGAGUACAUUUUCAGACUGUCUCAUGGUGGUGCAGUUCUUACGAAACUUUGGUAAAGUUUUGGGCUUUGAUGUGAAUAUUGAUGUUCCAAACCUGAGUGUUCUUCAAGAAGGAUUGCUAAAUAUAGGGGACAGCAUGGGUGAAGUGCAAGACUUGCUUGUGAGGCUCCUCUCAGCUGCUGUAUGUGAUCCAGGUCUAAUUACAGGAUACAAGGCCAAAACAGCUCUCGGAGAACAUUUGCUGAAUGUUGGUGUGAAUCGAGACAAUGUUUCCGAGAUUUUGCAGAUUUUUAUGGAAGCCCACUGUGGACAGACGGAGCUCACGGAGAGCCUGAAGACCAAAGCCUUCCAGGCUCACACCCCAGCACAGAAGGCUUCAGCCCUGGCUUUCCUGAUCAAUGAGCUGGCGUGCAGCAAGAGUGUAGUGAGUGAAAUUGAUAAGAACAUUGAUUAUAUGUCAAACCUGAGGAGAGAUAAAUGGAUGGUAGAAGGUAAACUUCGCAAGCUCAGAAUCAUUCAUGCUAAGAAAACAGGCAAAAGAGACACUGCAGGUGGGAUUGAUCUCGGAGAAGAACAGCAUCCCCUAGGGACACCCACUCCAGGAAGAAAGCGAAGAAGGAAGGGAGGAGACAGUGACUAUGACGAUGACGACGAUGACGACAGUGAUGACCAAGCCGAUGAAGAUGAGGAGGAUGAAGAAGAUAAGGAAGACAAAAAAGGAAAGAAGACUGAUACCUGUGAAGAUGAGGAUGAAGGUGACCAAGCAGCAAGUGUUGAAGAGCUAGAAAAGCAAAUUGAAAAACUGAGUAAACAACAGAGUCAGUACAGAAGGAAGCUUUUUGAUGCUUCUCAUUCUUUACGCUCGAUGAUGUUUGGCCAGGAUCGUUACAGACGCCGGUACUGGAUUCUUCCCCAGUGUGGGGGGAUUUUUGUAGAAGGCAUGGAGAGUGGUGAAGGACUAGAAGAAAUUGCAAAAGAAAGAGAAAAACUGAAAAAGGCAGAGAGUAUUCAGAUCAAAGAAGAAAUAUUUGAGACUUCUGAGGAUACUUUAAACUGUUCAAAUCCAGAUCAUUGUGAGCAAAAGGAAGACCCUAAAGAAAAAGACAACAUAAACCUAUUUCUUCAGAAACCUGGCUCUUUUUCAAAAUUAAGCAAACUUUUAGAAGUAGCCAAGAUGCCUUCUGAGUCAGAUGUAAUGUCCUCCAAACCAAAUAGCAGUGCCAGUGGGUGCACAGUGUCUUACCAGAACAGCGGGAAACACCCAGUAGGCAGCAUUCAGCCAGCAGCUACACAGAGCAGCAUGGAAAAGGCAGACUCUAGUAACCUGUUCAGUGCUGGUUCGGGCGGCCCAGGGAAGUUCUAUAGCCCUCUCCCCAACGACCAGCUGUUAAAAACACUGACCGAAAAGAACAGGCAGUGGUUUAGCCUUUUGCCCAGAACCCCUUGUGAUGACACUUCGCUUACCCACGCCGACAUACCAGCUGCUGCUACGUCAACUCCUCAGUCUCAGCCACCAUCUAAGUCACCUUCACCUGCCCCAGCUCCUCUCCUUGGAUCAUCCUCUGCCCAGAAUCCUGUUGGCCUAAAUCCAUUUGCUUUAUCACCUCUUCAGAUGAAAAGUGGAGUAUCUGUGAUGGGACUCCAAUUUUGUGGGUGGUCCACUGGCAUGCUUACUUCCAAUAUUCCUUUUACAUCACCUUUACCUAGUCUGGGAUCAGGGUUGGCAUUAUCUGAAGGAAAUGGUAAUUCAUUCUUGACCCCCAACGUUGCUUCAAGUAAAAGUGAAUCUCCAGUACCACAGAAUGAGAAAGCCUCUUCAACUCAACCUGCAGCUGUUGAAGUAGCAAAACCAGUAGAUUUUCCUAGUCCAAAACCUAUUCCAGAAGAAAUGCAGUUUGGUUGGUGGAGAAUUAUUGACCCGGAAGACCUAAAAGCUUUGCUCAAAGUGCUCCAUCUCAGAGGAAUAAGGGAAAAGGCAUUACAAAAACAAAUUCAGAAACACCUGGAUUAUAUUACUCAAGCAUGCAUCAAAAAUAAGGAUGUUGCUAUUAUUGAAUUAAAUGAAAAUGAAGAAAACCAGGUAACUCGAGAUAUUGUGGAGAACUGGUCAGUAGAAGAGCAAGCAAUGGAAAUGGAUUUGAGUAUUCUUCAGCAGGUAGAAGAUCUAGAAAGGAGAGUUGCAUCAGCAAGUUUGCAAGUAAAGGGUUGGAUGUGUCCAGAGCCUGCAUCAGAAAGGGAGGACUUGGUAUAUUUUGAACAUAAGUCAUUCUCUAAAUUGUGCAAGGAGCAUGCUGGAGAGUUUACUGGCGAAGAGGAAAGCAGUGCACAUGCACUAGAACGGAAGAGUGACAACCCCCUAGAUAUAGCUGUAACCAGGCUGGCUGAUUUGGAGCGGAACAUUGAAAGAAGGUAUCUGAAGAGCCCCUUAAGUACCACCAUUCAGAUCAAAGUGGAUAAUGUGGGCACAGUUACUGUCCCUGCUCCUGCACCAUCCAUUAGUGGUGAUGGUGACGGAGUUGAAGAGGAUAUUGCUCCAGGGCUCAGGGUAUGGAGAAGGGCACUGUCAGACGCCCGCAGUGCCGCACAGGUAGCUCUGUGCGUUCAGCAGUUACAGAAAUCAAUAGCAUGGGAAAAAUCAAUUAUGAAAGUUUACUGCCAAAUCUGUCGAAAGGGAGAUAAUGAAGAACUGCUCCUCCUUUGUGACGGCUGUGACAAAGGCUGUCACACCUACUGCCAUAGACCCAAGAUAACAACCAUACCAGAUGGGGACUGGUUUUGUCCAGCUUGCAUUGCUAAGGCGAGUGGUCAAACUCUAAAAUUCAAAAAACUUCAUGUUAAAGGAAAAAAGACUAGUGAUUCAAAGAAAGCAAAGAAAGGACCUUUGACAGGGGAUACUGAAGAUGAAGACUCUGCAUCUGCAAGCAGUUCACUGAAAAGAGGAAGCAAAGACCUGAAAAAGAGGAAAAUGGAGGAAAGCACUUCCAUGAACUUGUCAAAGCAAGAAAGCUUUGCUUCUAUUAAGAAACCUAAACAAGAUGAUUCCAAGGACCUAGCUCUUUGCAGUAUGAUCCUCACUGAAAUGGAAACGCAUGAGGACGCAUGGCCUUUUCUACUUCCUGUAAACUUGAAACUUGUUCCUGGUUAUAAGAAAGUUAUUAAGAAGCCUAUGGAUUUUUCCACAAUUAGAGAGAAAUUAAGUAGUGGACAGUAUCCAAGCCCUGAGUCCUUUGCUCUGGAUGUCAGGCUUGUGUUUGACAACUGUGAAACAUUUAAUGAAGAUGAUUCUGACAUAGGCAGAGCUGGCCACAGUAUGAGAAAGUAUUUUGAAAAAAAGUGGACAGAUACUUUCAAAGUGAGCUGA